AUGCCAUCAAAGAUUAGAUAUUUAUUUACAUUGAUGUUGGCAUAUUGUAAUAUAUCAAAUCCUCUACAACUGUGGGAGAAGCAUAAAGAAAUAAUGUGUGAAGAUAUAUUAAAGAGGGAUGCAAAAUCAGGUUUUGACGAGGACAUUUUUAAUGAAGGAUUACUAAUUAUUAAUAGAUCACUCGAAUCAGUCAUUGGGAAAAAUAUAUGUGAGUACGGGUUUAGCGUUAACAGUCAAAAUAUUACAAAUAAUUUGGAAUAUGACAAAUAUAAUUUAGAAGAACUACAAAAAAUACUUAAUGAAAGGGAACCGAAUUUAUUGGAAGGUCAAUUAAGAAUCUACAAUGAAAUAAACAGAAAGAUUGAAGAAAAUGAUGGUAAAAUAUUCUUCAUAGAUGCACCGGGAGGUACAGGUAAAACAUAUCUAUUAAAUUUAUUAUUGGCAAAGGCGAGAUGCAAUAAUAAAAUAGCUAUAGCAGUUGCUUCUACAGGUAUUGCGGCUACGCUUUUAGAUGGUGGACGAACAGCACAUUCAAUGUUCAAACUACCAUUAAAUCUAGCAAAGGAUAUGGAGCCAGUUUGUAAUAUUAAAGGAAAUUCACUUAUUGGGACUAUUAUACGUGAUUGUAAUCUAAUAGUAUGGGAUGAGUGUACAAUGGUAAGUAAAAGAGCAUUUGAAGCAGUUGACAGAACUUUUCGCGACAUCAAACAUUCAGAUUCACCUUUUGGUGGAUCGGUGUUAGUAUUAGCAGGUGAUUUUAGACAGACACUGCCUAUUAUUCAAAGAGGAACACCAGCAGAUGAACUUAAUGCAUGUUUGAAAUCAUCGUAUUUGUGGACCUUGGUAAAAAAAAUAAGUCUAAAUGUAAAUAUUCGUGCACAAAAGUCAGAAACAAAUUCAUUCGCUAAGGUACUUUUAAAUGUAGGGAAUGGAACACUCGAAACAAAUUCAGAAGAUUUUAAGGUAUCACUACCUCCAGAGUUAUGCAUAAAUGUAAACAGACCAGAAGAAUUAUUAACCUCAGUUUAUCCAAAUCUAGAGGAAAAUUACACAUGCUUUGACUGGCUUAGGGAAAGAGCAAUACUAGCACCACUAAAUGACGAAGUACAUAAUAUUAAUUUAGAUUUGCUCAUUAAAUUACCAGGAAUGGAACGUAUUUAUAAAUCUGUAGAUGUAAUUAUGGAUCAAGAAACAGCAUGUGAAUAUCCUGUGGAAUUUCUAAAUUCUUUAGAACCGUCAGGGAUGCCUCAUCAUACUUUAAAAUUAAAGGUAGGAGCGCCAGUUGUUCUAUUACGAAAUCUAGAAUCUCCAAGGUUAUGUAAUGGUACAAGAUUAGUAAUAACAAAUUUAAUGUCUAAUAUUAUAGAAGCAACGAUAUUAACGGGGAAAAAUAAAGGAGAAGAUGUUUAUAUUCCAAAAAUUCCAAUAAUUUCGGAUGAAUUACCAUUUAGAUUUAAGAGACUACAAUUUCCAUUGAAGUUGAGUUUCGCAAUGACAAUCAACAAAUCACAGGGACAAACCCUUAAAGUAAUUGCAUAUUCCUUGAAAUUCACAGAUGAAGACAUUGAAAACGCAUUUGUUCAAGAUAAUACUAUUUUGUUGAAAUCAACUAAAAUUGAUUAUAUUGAAGAAAAUAUACAAAAUCUAAAUUCCAAAUUAUAA